AUGGCCCGCCCGCGCAAGGAAAAGACGCCCGCCGGCUCCAUCAAGCUGCGCAUGCCCGACCGCUCCGCACCCACGGAAAAGACGCUCUUCGAUCUCGCCGAGGAGCGCCACCUCUUCCAGCAGGCCGCCGUGCGCGAGAGGCAGAAAAAUGACGACGCCGCCGCCGCCGCCAUCGUCUCCCCCGGCGCCGAGCGGCUUCUCGAGGCUGCCCUCUGGACCGCCACCCUGGCCAUGCUGCACUUUACGUUUGACGUCCUCGUGCACCAUCAGUACGGCACUGAGAUCGUCUGGCCCGCGCUGUUGGCGAGGACGGCCACGGCGUGGACGAUCUUCCUCUUCCUCUUCUACUUCCUUCACCCUCACGACUCGAGCCCCGUCCUCGUCCCCCUCAUUCCCCUCCGCCAUCAGCGCCCGCUGCGACAGGCCAUCUUCUUCGCCAUGAGCGUCGCCUCGGGCUGCCACCUCAUCUACGUCUCCAACACGUACGGCUACCUCGCCACCAUGAAGCAGGCCCCGCCACUGGGAUGCCUCUGGCUCUGGGCCGUCGUCGAGCUCGACCUGCCCGCGGCCGUGCUCAGCCUCGUCUUGGCCGGCCUCUUCCUGCGGCAGGGAGGCUACGAGAUCAAAUGA